UUCAAAGGACCUUAUAAAGCAAGGGAUCUUAGACAAUGACUUUAUGAAGAACCUUGAGCUCGCACAGAUACGAGAGAUUGUUGAGUGUAUGUAUCCAGUAGAAUAUGGCAAAGAAAGUCUCAUCAUCAAAGAGGGAGAUGUGGGCUCACUCGUCUACGUUAUGGAAGAGGGUAAGGUGGAAGUAACAAAAGAUGGCCACAAACUAUGCAACAUGGGACCAGCCGCAUUAUUCGGAGAACUGGCGAUAUUAUACAACUGUACCAGGACAGCCAGUGUAAGAGCCAUUACUAGCUGUAAACUAUGGGCGAUAGAUCGGCAAUGCUUCCAAAGUAUUAUGAUGAAGCAGGGCCUACAACGGCACACAGAACAUAUGAAAUUCCUAAACAGUGUACCAACAUUUAAAGAUCUUCCAGAAGAAACACUAAACAAAAUAGCUGACGUCCUAGAAGAGACCCAUUAUAACUAUGGCGACUAUAUAAUAAGACAAGGGGCCAGAGGUGACACAUUCUACAUUGUAACAAAAGGAAGGGUAAAUGUUACCAAGAGGGACCCAGUUUCAGGGGAUGACAAAAUCCUCAGGACACUUAACAGAGGGGACUUCUUUGGAGAGAAGGCUUUACAAAGUGAAGACACUCGAAGUGCUGGAAUUGUAGCUGCUGAUACUACUGGUGUUGACUGCCUUGUCCUCGACAGAGAGUCGUACACUCAACUACUGAAAGACAAUAUAGAUGAUAUUCGAAAAGAAUACGAAGAUGAUAUAAGAAAAGAAUCGACACGAAUAGAGCUUGAUGGCAUAGAUCAUCCGUUUGGCGGUGUUGACAAAGAAUACCAAAGUCUGAGGUUAAAUGAUUUAAGUAUUGUUGCAACACUUGGAGUGGGAGGCUUCGGACGUGUUGAAUUAGUACAAAUAAAUAAUGACAAUAGCAAGACAUAUGCACUUAAACAGCUCAAAAAACAUCACAUUGUGGAAACUCGACAACAGGAGCAUAUAAUGAACGAAAAGAGAAUUAUGCAAGAGUCAAGAUGUGAAUUUAUUACUAGGUUAUAUAAAACAUUUAAAGAUAGAAAAUAUCUGUACAUGUUACUGGAGGUUUGUCUCGGUGGUGAGGUGUGGACAGUUCUUAGAGACAAAGGCUGCUUUGAUGACGCAACUACGCGAUUCUACACAGGUUGUGUUGUUGAGGCAUUCGCCUACCUUCAUGCCAAGGGAAUUGUGUACCGGGACCUGAAACCCGAAAAUCUGCUUCUCGAUACAAGAGGCUAUAUAAAAUUGGUCGACUUUGGCUUUGCAAAGAAAAUAGGACAUGGUCGCAAAACCUGGACUUUCUGUGGUACCCCUGAAUAUGUAGCGCCUGAAAUCAUUUUGAACAAGGGGCACGAUAUUUCUUCAGAUUACUGGUCACUUGGUAUUCUGAUGUUUGAACUUCUGACUGGCAGUCCUCCAUUCACUGGGUCAGACCCCAUGAAGACAUACAACAUUAUCCUGAAGGGGAUAGAUGCAAUAGACUGUCCAAGAAAGAUAACAAGAUACGCACAAAACCUAAUAAAGAAGCUAUGCAGAGACAACCCAAGUGAACGUCUAGGAUAUGGGAAAGGAGGAAUAAACGAUAUCCGCAAACAUAGAUGGUUCGAUGGCUUCAACUGGGAUGGACUGAAACGUAAAACAUUGAAGCCUCCAUACGUUCCAAGUGUACGAAACGCAACAGAUACCUCGAAUUUUGAUGAUUAUCCAGACGAUGACGACGAACCUAUAGAUGACCUUACUGGCUGGGACAAAGACUUUUGAAUUACAACAAUCAAAUAUAAGUAAUGUUACAGAGACACUAUAUUAAUAGGGAUAGGCACAUUGUAAAAUUGUGUCGGAAAUACAUGGGCUGGUUUUCGUUGUGAAUACCUUCCAUAAAACAGUAAAACAGUUACGUUACUGCCAGUAUAUCAUAGGAAACCAGGUAUAGUUCAUUCCUGAGAUAGUUGUAAGGGAGGUAAUGCUUAUGAAACAUAUGUGAAGCCUUUCGUUCCACGUACGUAAAUAUAGGAGCAUGGAGGUGUACUAAUAUGAAUGUUUAAGGGGACAUUUCAGUGUCAAAAAUGUCAAGGAUUCGUGAACCUCCAUAGAAUAUAAAGCAAGUAGUUACAUAAAUAGUAAAAUAAGUACAAGAUCAUACAGUGACGGGCGCGAAAUUAAUAAACUGACUGUGCCAUUCGAAUAUGUUUCAAAGGAAAAGGACUCUGGGCUGUGAUAUCAUAAAUUUGAAGGAAUUGCAAAUAAAAUUGCUUACAAUCCAAAUGUGUCUUAAUUGUAUAAUUUUUUAUUAUGAAUUUGAAUGUUUCAAACAUGUAGAAUUAAGAGCAUGUUAUUAAACAGCAUAGGCUGCAAUGCAGUAAGAUAUAGUAGAGUAGUCACAUAACAUAAUAGAGCCAUACAUGUACUGUAACACAGGUGAGAAUAAGCUUCGUUUUGGAAGCGGAAUUAAAGGAAGUGCCUAAAAACUGAUUAAUUUGCAACGAUUUUUGUGUUGUGUACAACCAAUAUGGACGUCGAAUGAUUCGUUUUUGGAUUUGAUAUUUUUAUAUUAAGUUAUGUUAAUAAUAAACGUGUACAUUUUUAUAUUGCUAUAUUAUUUCAACAUGUUCAAUGUUGCUCCUUAAAUCUGUUUUUAACACAAUGGUUUGACAUUUACACAUAUUGUAAUCGUUAUGUAUAUUUAGUCCAUGUAAAACAUGGAAUAAAAAUUGUUUCACUUUCAUGUUUGUUAUUUAAGUGUUAUCGGUUGUAAGAGUAUGUAUAUAAACUGUACAUAUUUAAUGUAGAUUGUAUGUGUAUUUUUCUAAAUUCUGGCUUAUAUACUGUAUCAUUAAUUCAUUAAACUACACCUAGUUAUAUCCAAAGUUUUUAAACAUCAUAUUUGGGAAUAUGUUAUAUAUCACGACGAAUGUAACUUUUUUAAACUUUCUGUCAUUGUUACAACCCCAUUAUGUCAGUUCUACUUCUAGACCUCUCUGUAUAUACUGACAUUGAGAUAAAUUAAUCAGCAUAUUUUAGGAAACUCAGUUCAGAUAUUCCUAUCCUUAUCUAAAUAUCACAUAAAUGGUACGAUAUAUACAAUCUUACCUAUUCCUCCAUGAUUCUUAUACUUGUGUUCCUCUAUAUCCAAUGACAUGGUUAUCACAAAACUCAAAACAAUAUGAAUAUCCAGUAUGGCCGCCAAAUUUAGGGGCUCGAUUAAAAUGUGACAGAUUUUCCAUUCUCAGAAUUAAACAUAUUAAUACAAAAGAGCAAUAUACAAGCAAUCCAGAAGAAUUUUCUUGGCAUUUAAAUGAUAUUAGGGAUGGCUGAGAUUUAAUUACAGGAAUUCAUAUCUGUUUCUCUUUUUGGAUGAAUUAUGGUGACACAAUUCAAUCAAGGGGAAAUUUUAAACCCUUUCCGCUUGCAAAAACUUAAAAACUCUGUAUUUAUGUAAAGUUAAUAGUAAUUAAGGUGUCUAAAACACCCCACUCUUAAAGUGUAAAUUAAAAUUAAAGCGACGCCAAAAACAACAAAUUCACUUCCAAUAUGUACCACAAGACCUGCUGAAAACAAAAUUCUUUGGAAAUGUGACCUGAUUUAUGUAAAUAGUCAUAAGAUGGUCAGACUGUUGAGUUGCACGAUCGCAACAUACAACAAGAAUUCAAUCCUAAGAUGAACAUCCAAAGUCACGUAUAUGUUUCUCAAAACCGUAUCUUAUCAUUCUUUUAUCUGUUUUUUACUGCAAUUCAGAUUGCAAUGUGCAUAUUUGUAAAUGUCAACCAUGAAUUUGUUAAAGUAAUAGCUGUUCACAAAUGCAGUUAUUUAGUUAUAUUUUUAGUUAUAGGUAUGUAAAUGUAUCCGAUGUUGUUGACUUACAGAAAAUAUAUAUAGAUGAUAUUUAUUAAAGUAUUUAGUUCUGAAUGAUUUACCUUACUAGUGCAAUCAUGGCAUGUAUCUUUCCAGUACAUAGUUUGGCUCGAGAAAAUUUGGAACCUUUUACGAAAACGGAAUACUCAGGCCGGGUAACCACAAAAUGCAACUCACCUUUUAGAUUCAAUCUUAUAAUAAUGAUGUAGAGUCAUUGUAGAGUGCCAAUUUCAAAACAAG